UUUGUUGUUUUUUGGCAACCCUGACAUAAACAUACUUUCACGAAAUCGGUAUAGAAAUCAGCCUUAAAAAUAAUUUUUGAAGACCAGUUGGAAUCCAAACGCCGCUCCUUAAUUGCAACCUCACAAAGUAAACUCCCUUUCCUUUUUGAGGCUUUUGGGAUGGUGAAUGUGGGAUCGGCUACAUCGUCGUCAGCAGACGAUGUCAAUUUCGCUUUCCUCAAAUAAAUCUUGUUCUCCAGCCAUAUUAACUGAAAAACACAAGUUCUAUAAAUAAUACAAAAACAACACUGCAAUGCGGGCACAAAAAUGAUUGAGAUUUACCACUUUUUCCAAAUAUUAGACGUCAAUAUAUAAAUAUUAAUUAUAAUUUUCACUUUUAGAUACAUGUUGGACUUUAAAGUUUUAAUUCUACUUUAACUUUAUUACAAUUAACACUAUGACGGCACCUACAAUUAGCAAAACUGACUUAUUUGCACAAACUUAAUACCACGUGUAAGCAAUAAUGAAUGAAUGCAUUAACCAACAACAAUUUUUGUUUUUUCGCUCUUGUAAAUAAGAACAAAAACAAUAAAAACAAGUUGCCAAUAUGUUUUAUUGUUUAAGAUUGCCGAGAUUAAGUUCUGGUUUUGGGUGUAGCACCCCACGUUUAUUAUCAUGAGGACUGAUCUAAUAUAUCAGCCCUCACUUUAUACACAGCCUUUGAAUUAUUACAAUUAAAUAUUCGGCCUUAUCAUGAAUAUUCGCGUGGAAUAGUUCACCAGCGAAAUAUUUCGUUCACCCGAAAUCGUUCACCUUACCAUGAACGCAGAAAGAUUUCGGGUGAACAGCAUUUCACAUCGAAAUUUCGAAUGUGAGAUGACAGCUGUCAAAACGUCAAAUAAAAUAUUAACAAAGAAACCAAAUUGAACGCAUUUUACUUUAGUGAAAAAUUUAAAAUGAUUAAUAUAAAUUUAAGGAGACUGCUGUUAGCAGAUGAAAAUGUGCAAGAUCAAAGAGUCGCUCGUAGAAAGAUUAGGGAUGCUUCAAAUCCGCUUGAAUUGCAGGAUCAAUUGUAAAUUUGUGUAUAAUUUGUAAAUAAUUUGUGAUGCAAAUAGUAUACCAACUAUUUGCUAUUGUUCCUCUAGGUUUCAGAAAUGUUAUAGGACCAACAAAACAGCGUUUAAAUAUCUACUAGACAUUACAACAAACAAAGCUUCAAACCCGAUGAAAUCUUUUGGAAUACCCCCAAUAGUGAAGUUGGCGGCUUCGCUGCGUUUCUUUGCAGAAGGAGGCUACCAAAAGGGUGUCGGUAGGGAAUACGAUGUGGGAUUGUCACAGUCUGCCUUUAGUGCCACACUAGAAGAGAUGCUUGACGUGUUCGAAGUGAAUUUAUGUCGUUUGUGGAUAAAAUGGAUGAGUAACGAAGAAAUGAGAAGUGCUGCUCUUAAAUUUUAUGAAAAGUAUAAAAUUCCGAGUGUUAUGGGGUGUAUUGAUGGUACCCAUAUAAAAAUUGUGGGACCAAAACACAAUAAGCACUCAUUUUAUAAUCGAAAAGGAUACUUUAGUUUAAAUGCUCUUGUUGUUUGUGACCAAAAAAUGAGGUUUCGAUUUAUUGAUGCGUCGCAUCCAGGAGCUUGUCACGACUCUUUAGUGUGGAACGUUUCGGAACUAAAGAGACAUAUUUGCAAUAAUCGCAGCAACUUUUGGAUGUUAGGCGACGCAGGAUAUCCUCUGGAAUCCUUCUUAUUAACACCUUAUAGGACACCUGAAGAGGGAAGUGUAGAAGCAAAAUUUAAUUUAGCUCAUUCUCGGUGCCGAAAUAUUAUAGAACGUGCAAUUGGGUUGCUUAAAAGCCGAUGGAGAUGUUUGCUUGGUGCUAGAGAACUUUAUUACAGCCCACAGAAAGCAGCUAAAAUAUUCAAUGUGUGCGUAAUGUUACAUAAUUUAUGCAUUCAUUUCAAAGAUCAAUUUGCUGAUAUCGUUGAGAUACCUGAUUGUGACGAAGAGGAAUCUCUAGUGACUAUGGAGGAGGACAACAUAGAUUUCGGAAUGCAAAGAAUGAGCGAAGCGCAAAGAAUUAGGAACCAAAUAGCUCACUCACUCCCUUAA